UGAAAUAGAAACAUGAGAGCAAGAAUCAAUAUCUUUUACAUCCUGCAUAAACAAACAAAAAAGGUCGAUGAUCUUCUCUAGCCUAAAUCUGUAAUUAAGAGCAGCAAUAUCACAAGCUGAUUUAAUGGCUGAGGAGAAAGUACGUUGUUUGCCUGAUUCACCGGAUGUAAACAGAUCAUGGAGAAGGGUUUCCACCAGAAAGCUGAGUUUUUUAUACACUGAAGAGACUCUUGUUCCUAAUUACCUCAGGUCUUCCACUGGUUCUUGUCAUGAUGCUUGCAAGUACGGAAGAAAAAAACAUGAAUCUGAUGUUUCACCUCACAAAAGGGUUAACAGAAGCUUUUCAGGAACUCUGAGCUUUGAUUCACCUUUGAAGAAGAAGGCAUUGACCAAAUCUUUGUUGAGUUCUUCUCUUGGCUCUGAUGGUGGAUGUGAACAUGAAGUGAGCAGAGUUGAACACUUUGCUAGUAGAGUUUGUGAUGGUAAGAAACAGAAUGCAGAGAGGUCUAGGAGAAAGGCUGUUGUGUCUUUAUCAGAUUGUAAGAGGAAGAAGACGGUUUCACACUCUUUUAAAUCUACUGGUGUGUCAAGGAGAAGAGCUUUGGAGAUGGUUGAACAUAACAAGCGUGUCACUGCUUUGAAGCUGAAGUCUGUUGCACAAACUGCAGCUAUGGCUCUUAGACGCAGUACUGUGAAGGUAAAGAAGGUUAGUGGAGGAAUAAAAGCUUCAGAACCAAAGAAAGUAGUUGUGCCUUUGAGAGCUACGAUGUCUUCUAAGAGGUAUACCCGAGGCUUGAAGACAAAGAAGGAGAGUAAUAGCUUGAGUAGUGUUCCUCUAAAACGAACUCGGAAGCUGGUGGAUGAUAAGUGUAAAGACUUGGUUGAAGAGAAGACUCUGUAUGUUAUUAAGAUGAACACAGGGAAUGAGACUGUUGCAUCUGAUCAGAACCAAAGAUGUGUCUUGGAUCAGCCUAUUGAUGAUCCAAAGAGUGAAAAGUCUCAAGACGAAGCUGAGUGUGUUGUGACUGAAUCUCUUCAAGAAGAGGAAGCAGAAGAGGUAGAUGAAGCUAAUGAUGAAUCACCUCAAGAAGUAGAAGAGGAAGAAGAAGCUAGUGAUGAAUCUCCUCAAGCUAUUGAGAACAAUACCAGGCAAGGCAAAAGCAAACCCCUCUCAACAGAAUCUGCUCUAAAAGGCAAGUCCAUGAGACUGAGAUUCAAAAGAGGAAAGGUCAUGGAAGUUGGAUCACAAGACAACAAUAGUCCAAGAAAACUCAAGUUCAAGAAAGGGAAAAUCGUCACCAGAACAGACACAUCCUCAAAAACCUCAAGUCAGAGAAGCUUAAAAACCAAAGAAACCAACUUCAACAACGAAAAGGAACAACAACAACACGAACCCAAACCGUCAGAAGUUGUUCUAAAACACCAAGACACAGAGGAAAAGAGAGAUUCAAAAGCGUUGUUGUUCAACAAUGUGAUCGAGGAAACAGCUAAUAAGCUUGUGGAGACUCGCAAGAGCAAAGUUAAAGCCUUAGUGGGUGCUUUUGAGUCUGUCAUAUCUCUCCAAGAAAGAAACUCUUCUCCAACAACAUAACACAACAAACAUCAUUCUUCCUCUCUAACUAAAUACUAUUUUCUUAUUUUUUUUUUCACCAGUGUUUAUGUAUGUAUGUAAAACAUAUGUAGAUAUAUCUACAGUUUGUGAGCGUUGUCAUGUUCACUAAUCCUGUG